CUCUAGAGUUGAGCUGAGAGACUCGAACCCCUCGAACUCCAUUUUCAACAACGUCUCGUGAGUGCGAUUUACAUUAAGAAAUAAUUUACAUUUUUCGCAAUAAUUAUAUAAUUUAUUUUUUUAAUUGAAAUUUCUGUGAUAUAGUUAAGUAUACUCAUUAUUUAUACAAUAUGUCGAACCCUUGGAAGAAAGUUGCAGCGCCAGCUGAUGUGCAAAACCUUUCAGAAAUAAUGUCAGAGCAAUAUGCGAAAGAUCUUCAAAUCAAAGAAGAAAUCAAAUUCGCUGAAGAAAUAGGGACUGCAUUCCAGUCACACGACCCCGUAAGCAGCGAAUCCAGUGAUAUAUCGCCAGAAAUAUUGAAACAUAUUGAAGAUUCGAACGUAAAAGAGUUCUGCGAUUCAGACGCUGUUAUUGCAAAAGUGUUGCAAUGUCAAUUUGAUAAAGAAUAUGAUGAUGAAAUCAGGCGAGUGGAAAAGAAACUCAACGGAGAAUCGAAAGUGUCGGUAUCUUUUGAAAACUACCGCCAUGUUCCUGACCAUUUAAUUUACGAUUCCGAACCUGAAGAUGAGGAUGUUGACAUAGCUGCUAAUAAGGACUGGGAUCGGUUUGAAACUAAUGAGAAAGAGUUCGCAAAUUUACCUACUGUUAAGAAUGGCACAAUAGUGACGAAACAUGAUAGUGAUAUUAAUGGCAGGAGGAAUGCAUGCCGUGUUAUGGCAUUCCCGCCAGAAGUGUGUACAGGGGAUGGUGCUGGAUUCGACAUGAAACUGUCCAAUGCAGUGUUUAAUCAAUUGAAAGAGAGUACAAGAGUCCAUCAGCCUCGCAAAAUCACAUUGUUAGAUAAGAAGGAUGCAAAAGCUACAGCUGUAAUGGCCGUGGACGAGGCAACAAAGCUUAUACUUUAUAAGCUUGUUUACACCACCAAUCUGCUUGAGGCUGUUAAUGGAGUGAUCUCAACAGGCAAAGAAGCUGUUGUGUUCCAUGCUGAUGGAAACACUUCAUAUCCCGACUUGGUAAUACCAAAAGAGUGUGCUGCCAAGGUAUUCAAGACAACUCUGUGUGAAUUUAAAACGAGGGAUAAGUAUAUAGAGGCGGACUAUCGUUUCAAAGAUAGAUUCUCGAAGCAGAAUCCGUGGAAAAUUGUGCAAAUGUGGGCCGAGAAGGAGAAGCACAACUUGAUACGUAUGCAGAAGAUUGGAAUGAAUUGUCCCCAAAUGAUUUGUUUAAAAAAGAAUGUUUUGUUGAUGUCUUUUAUUGGGCGUGACAUCACACCGGCGCCAAAACUUAAAGAUGUGAUUCUUGAUGCGAAAAAAUGGCAGAGGGUGUACAUUGAGGUUAUAGAUGCCAUGUACAAAUUGUACAAUGAAGGGCACCUGAUUCAUGCCGAUUUGUCGGAGUACAACAUCUUGUGGUGGGAGAACAAGUGUUGGUUUAUAGAUGUGUCCCAGUCAGUACAACCUGACUAUCCGAAAGGGUUGGACUUCUUGCUCAGAGAUUGCCAGAAUAUUACCAAUUUCUUUGAGAAGAAGGGAGUGCAAAACAUGAAGUCUGUAGACAAACUAUUCAAGUGGAUCACUGGCUUUGAUGAUGUGGAUGUGAAUCUGUUGGAUGGAGUUCACACAAUCUACAAUUCCUUAUCAUCCCGCUUUGAGAUAGCACCAGAUGACAAUCGCAAUGUCAGCUAUCCGUUUGAGUAUUGCUGGCAGAAGACCAAUGAGGGGAGGAUGGCGGAAAGUGACAAUGAAGAAGAUGAAUUUGAUGAAAUGUGGAACUUCUCAAUUAAGAAUAAAUUUGACACUGCCGUCAACUUAGGCAAUGUUGUGGAAGUAGAUGGCGAGGAAGAUCAUAAAAAUGAAAAAAUGAAGACUGAGGAUAAGGUUGUUAAUGAAGAAUGUGUGAAUAUUGUUGAUAAUAAUAUCAAUUUCGCCAAUGAAUUGGAUGUUGUACCCCUCGAUGAGGGUAUAAAUAGUAGUAAACACAAAAAGUCUUAAUGGAAUGCCAAUUAAAUAUAUUGUAUGACAAAAAGAAAAUGUUCUUGAAUAUAAAAAAUACAGGUUAUGUAUUGGGACGAUACAAUGUAUACCUAUCAUAUUUGAAGUAGAUAAAAAGAAAAUACAAUUGUUCUUGACUGUUUUAUUGGGAAUAAAACUAACUAGUUUAUGA